AUGUCCAUCUGGAUUCAAUUGACUGAUCUUAUUCAUCGAACUACUUCUAGGAGCCCACCACCAUUGCCUCCUGCUACUGCAAACUCAGUGCUCGAACAAAUUAUUCGCCACUGGACUUCACAAACCCCUCGUCAAAAGCAAACUGCGAUACUUGGAUCAGCUCUCAUUGCUCUAGCAUACUAUAUUUUAGCUCCGUCUUUAUUUCCUCCUUCUGAACAAGAGCGCGCCAUGUUUACCAAAAGACCAGAUAAGCACACUACCGGACUCAUAAACUUGCGUAAUGACUGUUUUGCCAACUCUUCCCUUCAGGCAUAUCUGUCCUUACCCGGGCUUACCGAUUAUUUGAAUUCUUUCAUUGAUUCCUUCCACCAAUUACAAAGCUUGUCUCCUCAAACUGCUAAAGAAGAUUACGCUGUAGAAACAGAAGGUGAAGAUGCUUCCAAAGAAAAGGGACGUAAUAAGAAACCUACUGUGUUUGGUAUUCCCCUUCAUAUCGCUCUUGCUCGUAUCAUGAAGAAAUUGCAAGAUACUCAAAUGACUACUAGAACAGUGUCAGUGUGGACAUUUCUCCAUGAAUUGGAGACUAUUUUCCAUGCAAAGAUUUCUCGUUCUCAGCAUGAUGCCCAUGAACUCACCCAGUUGAUUAAUGAAACUUUAGAAAAUGAAAACUUAAGGGUUCAAAAACGGUUGAAACUGUUAUUAGCUGACAAACUGGUAAGUCCAGUUUUGGUAGAACAACUUGAAUCCUUGGAAAUUCCAGAAUUCCCUCUCAGUGGCCUUAUCUUAACCCAAAUGGUUUGUCUUACAUGUAAGCAUGUACUGAAACCAUCAUUCAGUCCAUUUCUCAUGCUUACCCUUCAUACUCCUGAGAAAGUGUCUACUGAUUUGGAUAAGAUUUUAGAUGAAAAUGAAUCUGAAACCAUAGAUGGGUAUCAAUGUUUGAAAUGUAGAUUGCAAAGAAUUGUGCAGAAUGAAGAGUAUGCUAAAAGAAGUGAAUUUGAAGAAGGGGAACAGGAAUAUCUUUCCCAAAUUGCAUCUCUCAACAAUGAUUCACAACUCAGUAUUAAUGAAGAUUUAUCUGAAGGUUUGGAAAGUUAUGUCAAGUCAUAUAAUAAGAAUGGCACUGAUAUUAGUAUGGUUACAUCGACUGUAUUGAGGAAGAAUCUUAUCCUUAAACCUCCAAAGAUUUUCGGUAUUCAUUUAUCUAGAUCUUCAUUUGAUGGUGUUAGCGCUACUAGAAACGCGUGUCGUGUUUCUUUUAAAGACCAAAUGACUUUAUCUAUUGGUAAGGAAUAUUUUGAAGAAUUAAAACAAUUUCAAAAUGCUGCCAGAGAUGAUGAAUCCGAUGCUAUUAUCAAAUCUAACGUGUUGACCACAGAUGUAAACGAUAUGGAAGAUGAGGACGUUCAAAGAGAAGAUGUGGAUGAAAAAGGUGAAGAAGAUGAAGAUGAUUCAGAAGUCACCAGCUCCAGUGCCACCGAAGGUGAGGAAGAUUUGGAUGGGGAUGAAACCGAUUCUGAUGCAUCUUCUUUAACUUCUCAAGAAUCCAUAAGUGAAUCUAUUGCUACCACCGCUACACUCAAGGGAGGUUCAACUGCACCACCACUGGUGUUUUCUAGACAGACCGCCAAAAAGCCGGUAGAAACAUUGAAUAAUGCACCAAUUACUGAGGAUCAAACGGAUGAUUUGAAGGAACACUUUAAAAGUUUUAAGUUUAAUGAAAACGAUGUAUAUAAGUAUAAGCUUAAGGCCUUGAUUAGACAUCAAGGUUCGCAUACACAGGGACAUUAUGAGUGUUACAAGAGAAAACCACUCUUUGUCAAGGAUAAAGAAGGAAACAUUUUCAAGCUCUCUCCUGAAAUUUCUGAUGAAUCGAUUGAAGAUGGAGUUCAUUGUUCUGUUUCUAUAGAGAAACCUGAAGAUGUAAAUUCUGCUGCGGGCAAGGAAAACGAGUCUUCUAAAAGAAGUAAUUCUGUUUCGCUGGAGGAGCAUUUGAAGUUUCAUAAUGCAAUUGAAACUGGGGAUAUCAAAGGUAUUGGAGGAACACCAUUCCGUCGUAAGCUUUCUAAUAUGAUGGGUAGACGUCCUUCAAUUUUCCAAGCGGACCCACAAGACAUCCAUGAAAUCAUUCACUCGGGUCUCACCACCCCUGCUGAACUUCUUAUUGAAAACCCAGAGCCAGACUAUUUCUCGGCAAGACCAAGUGCAUUUGAAAAGAAAAAUGUGCAAGAAAAGGAAAGAGUGAAAAUGACCAAAAUUCCAUCAUUAAUUAAAAACCCAUAUUGGAGAAUCAGUGAUUCUCAAAUCACUGAGGUUUCCCGUAGUGCCGUUCUUUGUGAGACUACCAGUGUAUAUAUGCUUUACUACGAGAGAGUGGACAGAAAGCAAAUUAAGAGUAGGAGAUAA